GUCCCUGGCUGAUUGUCGAUAUAUCAUAUGAUAUAUGAGUUGAUCUUCCUUAGUUUAAUUGUCGCUAUUUCUUUUCAACAGCCUUAACGCUAUGUCGACUGCGGGCAAGAGCAGGAAAACUGUCUUGGGUCAGGGUGGACAAGCUAGGCACCCCGACAUUGUGGGCCGUACGGAGGAGGGACAUGAAGCAUACUAUGGAGAACUCAAGGGCAUGCACCCUUCGACGCAGCUGAAGAAUGCCGAUACCCUCAGAAUUGCAGUCUUCACAAAAGACAGCCUCGACAACCUACUUCCAGAACUAGAAGAGGAACUGCCACUUAUAAGCUUUCAGUCUAUCGGCAACGACAUAGUAUUUUUCCUUGGCGCAAGGAUUGGCAAUACUGUCAUCCAUGCGAGGAUCUCAGACCUCAAAAUGCCGAUCUGUUUAUCUGAGCUUAAGUCGGUUGAUCAGCUGUUUUUCUUCCGGCUAUUCCAGAUUCAAUCAUUGGUUCGACUUACCAGCAAGCGCUUAAAGCAAAAGCGACAGGAGCACAUUGGAGACAGUAGUGCAUUUCCGACGUUGGAUACGCCUUAUCGGAAUAUGGUGAUGAGAAUUCGGUCCGGGGAGGGGGUGGUCAGACGCAGGGGCCGGGAAUCCGUGGAGGGGGGGGAAGUUAAGCGCAGGAAGGGUAUAGUGGAGGCAUGAAUGAAGUACAGUCCGCCCCGCUUGUCAAUGGAUUCUCAUUUAAUUUAAUCGAAUAAACAAAAAUGAACUUUUCUUAUAUUUCAUG